UGCGUUGCUUACCACUACUACUUAUAUCGCGCUCGCUCGCUCUCGUCUCCCUCACUAAUAAGCACACACACAGUGCACGAUUGUGGACUUGUGGUUGCCACACAGCACACAACUUGAAAGCAGAGCGAUGGACGACGACGUUGCAGCAGCUGCGCCGCCAUCGCCAUGGAGCCUUCUCCAGGGGCUCCUCGCCCUGCUCAUCGUGUGGGGAGCCUACCGUGCCGCGCAGACAUUCUGGCUGCGGCCGCGGCGGCUCGACCGGGCGCUCCGGGCUCAGGGGCUCACCGGCACGGAGUACUGCUUCCCCGCCGGCGACCUGAAGGAGAACGCCAGGCUCAACGACGAGGCGCGGUCGAGGCCCAUGCCGCCGUGCCACGACGUUGUUCCCCGCGUGAUGCCGCAUCUCUUCAGCACUAUCAAGGAGCACGGGAACAUUUGUGUCACCUGGUUCGGACCAAUUCCCAGGGUGGUCAUUACGGAGGCAGAGUUAGUCAGAGACAUCCUAUCAAACAAGUUUGGUCACUUUGAGAAGUUCACAAACAAGCGUCUGGGGAAAUUGCUCGCCCUUGGACUUGCGAGUUACGAUGGUGAGAAAUGGGCAAAACACAGAAGGAUCCUGAACCCCGCAUUCCAUCUUGAAAAGCUCAAGCGCAUGCUGCCGGAGUUCUCGACGUGCUGUACCGAGCUUAUAGAUCGUUGGGAGAACAAGAUCGCUGGUUCUGACGGAUCAUAUGAACUGGAUAUCUGGCCGGAGUUUCAGAACCUCACAGGAGACGUGAUCUCCCGCACAGCAUUCGGCAGCAGCUUCAUGGAAGGGCGAAGGAUCUUCCAACUUCAGGGCGAGCAAGCAGAGCGGCUAAUCAAGGCCUUCCAAUAUAUGUACAUCCCAGGCUUCAUAUUCUUCCCGACACAGAACAAUCGGAGGAUGAAAGAAAUCAACAGAGAAAUUGAAGGGACUCUAAGGGGCAUGAUUGAGAAGAGGGAGCGCGCAAUCGAGAACGGUGAAACCAGCGGCAACGACUUGCUCGGCUUGCUGCUGCAGUCGAACAUGGAUAGCGGGAAAGGCAGCCUGAGAAUGAGCACCGAGGACGUGAUUGAGGAGUGCAAGCUCUUCUACUUCGCAGGGAUGGAAACCACGUCGGUGUUGCUCACGUGGACGCUCGUCAUUCUAGGCAUGCACCCUGAGUGGCAGGACCGCGCGAGGGAGGAGGUCCUCAGCGUGUUCGGUAGGGACAAGCAGCCCAAUUUUGAUGGACUAGGUCGACUCAAAACGGUGACGAUGAUACUAUAUGAGGUGCUCAGGUUGUACCCACCGGCAGUGACCCUAAACCGAAGAACAUUCAAAGACAUGCAGAUUGGAGGCAUCACAUACCCUGCAGGGGUAAUCCUUGAGCUUCCCAUAAUCGCCGUCCACCACAAUCCUCACAUCUGGGGGAAGGACGCACAUGAGUUCAAGCCAGAGAGGUUCGCUGAGGGGAUCUCAAAGGCGACCAAGGACCAACCUGCGUUCUUCCCGUUCGGAUGGGGGCCGCGGAUCUGCAUUGGGCAGAACUUUGCGUUGCUUGAGGCCAAGAUAGCCUUGAGCAUGAUCCUCCAACGCUUUGAAUUCCAACUGUCGCCUUCAUACACGCAUGCACCCUACACGGUCAUUACGCUGCAUCCUCAGCAUGGUGCGCCAAUUAUAUUCAAGAAGAUCUGAUCGUCUUAUAUGACAUUGUCGAUCGUUACCAAUAAGUAUGUCACAGUGAAAAAAUAAUAGUUUUGUAUGAGUACAGUAAUAUUAGAGAGUUUAAUUUUGUGUAUCUGAAUUUUGAGGUGGAACUAAACGGCAGGAGAUAUAUUGCUUGUUGUAAACCUCCAGGUCAAGAUACAGUCCAACCAAUAUGUGCACAUGCUCUAAUAAAAAUCACUAUGUGCAUAUAAGGUAAACAGUAGUAAACGUAGGAUUGAAACUAGCUUAGCUGUCCUUUUCUAAUGUUUCAAUCAGCUUGUUCAUCAAA